AUGGCUUUGGCAGCAAAGAAUGUGCUCAUCGUGUAUGCCCACCAGAGCCCGGGCUCUUUCAAUUCCGCUGCCAAAGACACUGCCGUCGAGGUUCUGACAGCUAAGGGCUGCGCCGUGAAAGUGUCCGACCUCUAUGCUAUGAAAUUCAAAGCCACCGCUACAGCGGAGGAUGUCACUGGUGAGGUCAAGAAUGCCGAGCACUUCCGUUAUGCUGAUGAGACCAAAGCGGCGUGGGAGGAAGGAAAACUGGCUGCUGACAUCACCGAGGAGCAAGCUAAACUCUCAGACGCUGAUCUCAUCAUCUUCCAGUUCCCCAUGUACUGGUUCAGUCUGCCUGCGAUCCUGAAGGGUUGGAUCGACCGGGUGCUCACACUUGGUUAUGCCUACGCCAAUGAGAAGCGCUACAGUUGUGGCAUCUUUAAGGACAAGAAAGCUGUGCUGUCUUUCACUACUGGCUCUCUCGAGUCAAUGUUUACUGCUAAUGGCAUCAAUGGAGACAUGAAUGUAACACUCUGGCCACUUCAGAAUGGCAUCCUGCACUACUGUGGCUUUCAAGUUCUGGCUCCUCAAAUCUUCUGGGCUCCUUCCCACGUAUCCCGGGAGGCCAGCGCCGCCAUGCUCCAGGCCUGGCGCAGCCGCCUUGAUGGCCUCCUGGAGGAGGCCCCCCUGACCUUCACCCCCAUGGACUACUUCGAUGGCGAGAAGGGCUUCCAGCUGAAGCCAGAGGUCCAGGAGAAACAGGCCUGUAAGAAGUUUGGCCUGACUGUGGGCAUCCACAUGGGAAUGGCUGUGCCACCUAACAACCAGAUGAAAGCUGGAGUCUAA